AUGGUUCAGGCCAUGCGCCUGCGCAGCGCCAGGUCUGACGCCCAAGAUCCCAGAAGAGUCUUCAGAUAUUUGGGUUCAAGCUCGCGCCAGCCAGCUUGCGUCGCCUUGGGCUUUCGAUCUUUUCGAGAUGUCUGCCACGGGAUACGCGUAUGCAGCGGCGCCGCCGAUGUACGCCGCCGAGCCAACCACAGCAUCCCCGACUGCAUAUUAUGGAGCCCCUGCAACAUACGCCAGCGCAUACGCUCCCCAGGGCACCUACCAGCAGUCCGCGGCGGUGACGUACUCUGCCCCCACGACUUAUGUCCAGGCUGCCGCGCCUCCGACCUACGUGGCCGCUGGGCAGCCACCCGUGUACGAGCAGGCCCCCGUCACCUAUGCGCAGCCCGCCGUGACCUACGCGCAGCCCCGGGGGAGUACACGUACGCGCAGCCCCAGACGUAUGCGCAGCCCCAGGCGUAUGUUCAGCCCCAGGCGUAUGCGCAGCCCCAGGCGUAUGCGCAGCCCCAGGCGUAUCAGUACGCGCAGCCCUCCUACCAAUAUGCGGGCGAGCAGCAGGUGCCAGCCCCCGCGGCGUACCAGUUCCCCACGGCGGCGUCCAUGGUCGCGGCUCCGCAGAUGGGGCUGCAGAGCGCUCCCUCGAUGGUGGCCUACCCGAUGUACGCGGGCCAGACCCAGCAGAUGCACAUGCCUGGUGCAGCCAUGUCGCCGUUCAUGGGGGCUCCGAGCGGCUUGCCUGAGGCAGGGGUGUCAGAUUCUUACGCGGGCACGAAGCCCGGGGCGGAUGUUGCGCCUGCCACGUCGGCGCCCACAGGAAUGACAGGAACCGGAUCCGCUGGUCCCCCCAAGAAGCUCUCAAGCAAGAAGGUGACAGGCACGAAGACAGGCGCCAAGAGCAAGAAGAAGAAGGGCGGCUGCUGCUGA